AUGAUAGCGGUCCUCGGAAGAUUCUGUGGUGGGUACUCAAUAAGAAAGGAGAAAGGAGAAAGGAGAAAGGAGAAAGGAGAAAGGAGAAAGGAGAAAGGAGAAAGGAGAAAGGAGAAAGGAGAAAGGAGAAAGGAGAAAGGAGAAAGGAGAAAGGAGAAAGGAGAAAGGAGAAAGGUGAAUAGGCCUUUUAAACCGAUGAUGUCUGCCCCGCAGAGAGUUAAAUUUCAGUACGUUCCGGUAACUCAAAACAAAGUUCCAAACUUCAGCGAAAUAUACGAUAAAUUGGCUCAAUUGAAACUAUCGCAAAGCUACAGAAGACCCGCCUACUUUCAAAUUAAACGUCCCUCUAGCCAUCAAUCGUUUUUACUAAAGCCACAAGUUUAUAACGAGCAUAAACUUAUACAACCGUCUAAAACGACAAUAGAAACCUACACUGCUACAAAUAUUGAUAUACCAACUGGAUCCGUCGACGACUAUCAAUAUGAUACUCAAAAGAAUUUUCCUCAAAAUAAACCCUACAUAAACUCACAAAUAGCUGUAGAAAUACCUUAUUCUAGUAUACCUCAAGAAAACUAUAAAAGAAAGCCAUAUCAAGAAUUCCAGAAGCCAUUUAUAAUUGUACCAGCAAGCCCACCAGAUAACAGAAAUAAACAAGUUGUCAUUAUUCAACAAAGAAAACCUAUUUUAAGUAAUAAUCCAGAUUCCUACGAAAAAAAUCCAUACGAAAACCGAUAUCAAUUAAACACUCCUCAAUAUGAGGAGUAUGAACCUUUUCCAAAAUACGAACAAGAUCCAACGUACGAAGAUGAUCCACGAUAUGAACAAAUACAUUACAAGGAAGCUGAUACAUACGCAUAUAUAGAAGUUCCAAAAUACAAAGAAAGUACCAAAUAUAUAGAAUCUUCAAAGUAUGUCGAAAAUCCAAAAGAUAUUGAGAUUCAAAAAUACGAGGAAGUUCCAAAAUACAUAGAAACAGCAAAAUAUGUCGAAGCACCAAAGUACGAAAAACCCUCCAAGAACUCUGUCAACCUAGCUAUUAUUUUAAAACAUCUCCAAGCUACAAAUACUCUACCAAAAACUCUUACACCUGACAAUAUUGACAACAGUAUUAAAACUUUAGUUAAAAUUUUGAAUUCUUUGAAGAAGCAGCCAAAAGUAGGCAAACCCAUUGUGGUACAAGACCAAGUAGCUCCCGAGUAUAUCGACGAUAUCGAAAACGAUGCUGGUUUAAGCGUCAACGAGAUUUAUCCAGAAGAUACUGAUGAAGGUGGAACUCCAGGAAAGCCAGGUGUUUGGCAUUACUGUGAUCUAAAUGGAGGACAAGCUUCUUUCUUGUGUCCCAACGGCACGAUAUUCAGUCAAGUAGCACUAACAUGUGACUGGUGGUACAAUGUAAAGUGCUCUUCUACUGCUCAGCUAUACGUACUCAAUGAGAGGCUCUAUAAGUAUAUAAUACCUUUGUCUCCUAAGUUUCCGGAGGAUUAUACUGGACCAUUAGUAGAUAAAUACCUAGCACUUAAAUUUCAAGAAAUGGAAGAAAAGAUGAGAAAAGAAAAAAAAGGCAAAGGUAAUUCCAGUAAAGAAGAAGAUGACGAAGUUUCCGAAAAGCAUGACGUUGAAGCUGAAAACACGGAAAAAAUUGUAAGCGUUGAAUCGACCUCGAAGACUUCUAUUCAAAAGGAAACAUUGCAAACCGUUGAAGAUGAUAAUAAAAUUAAUAUCACAAUUUAUCGAAUAAUACUGUAA